GUCGUCAAAUCGACUCGACCAAUCGCAUUCAUUCAGUGAACGAGCUUCAUGGCGCCAACUUGGAAGAGGGAAACCAACAUCAAGAAAACUGUCAAUGGAAGAAUCAGCCGAAUGAACCGAAAUACAAACCCGUUAAAGAACGAUCUGUAUCAAGUUAUUUGUGUCAUUAGUUUCUGUGGACAUUAGAUUCUAAAUCUCUUCAUCAACAUGAAUCCAACACAAGAGGGGCAAUUUGAUAGUGGCUACUUUUCACCAUCCCACAUCCAAAUCAAAGUGGAGCCCUUGAGUCCAACUCGACUGCCCAUGUUGAAUCCAGAUCUUGGUGCUAGCCCCCUCAAAACAGAUGUCCCUGACAUGGAUGUUGGAAGACCUCUAGAGGAUGUCAGCAUAUCAGGAGAUUGGGAAAAAGACUUCUUUACAAAUUUUGAGGAGAACUUAUUCAACUUUGACUUUGAUGAUAAAGCACUGAAUGAUAUUCUUGUGUCCCCUAAAGGAAAGGAGGCCUUGAAUGACUUGAUGAAAUCUCCAAAGGGGAAGGCUAUUUUGAAUUCCCCUAAAGGAAAACUGUUGAAGAAUAAAUUGAAAUCACUGGAUACACCUGAACAUGUGAAAUUUCGGCGUACUAACAGUUCUGGGUUUGAUACUAGUCCAAAUGUGUUGUCGCCUUGUGACCCAAAUAAGAUGUCUGCUACACCAGGACCAUACAAUGUGGAUUCCAGGAGUGCACUGAAAAUGUCAAGAAGAAAACUUACCAUGGUCCUCAGUGGUAAAGAGGAUCAAGAACCUGCUAGAAAAGUGAUUAAAAUGGUUCAACCAAAUAAAGUGAUACCCAUCGCACAACCAAAUAAAGUGAUACCCAUCGCACCCAAGAUUCCAGAAGAAACCAGCGAUACUUGGCCCACUAAAGAAAGGCUGAAAUAUGCAAGGGAUAAGUUCAAGCGGACCCUCGAGUUGGCUGUAGAGACCUCCCGGUUGAAGAGUUUGGUGAAGGAGGAACCAAAGGUGCACCCUCAAUCUCCAAGAAGGAAACGCAAGAAGAAUUCCCAGAAAGCAGAGUGUUACCCUGAGCUAAAACAAGCUCUGAAUCAAAGGCCGCAAAAAAGUAGUUCCAGGAAUCGAAUGCCCAGCAUAAAACUGAGAGAAAGCAAAGAAUCAGAGGUGGAAAUCAAAAAGGAGUUGUCUGCCCCUGCAUCACCAUUUUACCCCGACUACAUUGAGGACAUUGAGUAUAAUGACGAGGAUGAUGAUGAGGACUAUGAUAAAUUCUACAAAAACUAUGUUCCCUUCACUGGAUUAAAGCAAGCCAAGAGGAGAAAGAAGUUUAAACAGAGUGUGUAUUGAAAACUAAUGAAGCCUUAAUUCAUGUGAUAUUGUCAAAAAUACAUUUUGUGAAUUUAAACAGAAACAUUAAUGGCAGAAUGUUUUAUUAUUUUAUUUUCAGAGGAAGCUCCUCAUACAAUUCAGCUUGUCUUGAAUCUGGAUGCAAUGCUACUGUUAUAUUUUUUUUUAGAGAUAUGUUUGUGUUCAGUGGAAAAGUCAAUGUCAUUUGAACGUAUGCAAUAGGUUGUACAUAUUAAAGACCAUUGAAUAGAGAUGAAAGCUCUUCAAAUAAGGAGGCAUAUGCAAACAUCUAAUUAGACUAUUUAAAAAUGUAAUUUUAUUGAAUAUUCCAAUAGCCCUAAAAUGUACAUGCAUGUAUGUACUCAAUAAUCAUUGUCAUUUGAUGUAAAUAUAGUGCAAGCGUAUGAGAUGAAGAAGAACAAUGCAGAUGGCAUUUGAUGUGGUGUUUAUGAAAUAUAUGCUAUUUCUUCUGUACUGUAUGAAUACAAUGUAAAGAUAAUAAGAUAUAACAUAAAUUGUAGUGAUAUCAGAAAUCAAACUUACAUGUUGUAGAACACUUUCAAUCAGUAACAUUACCCGGUAUAUAUAUUCAAGUUCGUGUAUUAAUUUUUCAUGUUCUCUGAGCAGUAUUUCAUCUUUCAUUUUAUUUUAAGUAGCCUGCUCUCGUUCUCAUUUGUAAUGCCUUUGCUUUAAAAUUCUGAAAAGUUAGCAGUGAGCAUGUUGUUAAUUUGUACAUGUAUGCAGAUAACAAUUUGGCAACAGUAGCGAAAGCAAAGGAAUAUUCCUUUGGAGUUUGGAAGAUGUUUGAUUUUCAUAUGCUUAGCGUUAGCUUUAAAGUUUGUUUUUGUUUCUUAUUUCCGCCUCUUUAGUGCUUUGUUUUCAAUAAUUCCAACAGUUUAUUUUCUUGUUUUUCCACAAAGAAGUAUGUUGUUUGUGUGUGUGUCAAUAAUGUCAAAUUGGCAACUACAUGUAAUACAUUGAAGGUAUUUCAAGAGGUUCUCAAUGAAAACAAACAAAACCUACCAUUCAUCUGCUGUCUUUUAAUGGUAAGAAAAAGUUGCAAUAUUUAUUUAUUUAUUAUUUUGUCUUAUUGUUCAGAUAUAAUCAAUUGUAUCAGGGAUUUUGUUGUGUUGGACAAUAUCACUUAGAUGUACAGUUUUGCCUAACCUCAUUGUUUUUCAUAUUAUAUAGCUAUAUUCCUAAAUAGAUUCAAUCUAAUUUUCAUGCAUCUCAAUCUGCAAUAGUAUUUUUAAUUUGGAAUUUCUGAUCCGUCGUAAUUGAUACCUUGGUUGUAGAGUCCUCUUGUAUGGUCUAGUGUUCAUUACAGUUGUAUAAAGAUGACCAGGUAUUAGGAAAUAAUGCUAGAUAUCAACUCAUCAUUUUCAUUAUAUGCUGUGUUACUUGCGAAGCAUGUAGUCCAAUAAAGAAUCAAUAAAUGCA